AGCAGUAGGUGUGAAUUUAAAUGGACUCCAGAAGAUGGUAGAGGACAGGAAGACCUGGAGGAAUGUUGUCCAUGGGGUCGCGAUGGGUUGGACACGACUUCGCAAUUAACAACAACAACAUGAGCACCUUUAGGAUAAUUUAAAAUUAGCAUAUUGUAUCUUUAAAUUGCUUUUCUUUCAUCAAAAGUGAUGGCCUGUUGUAUAUUUUUGAACAAGAUUCAUGUGUGCUUCAAAGAUGUCUUUCAUGUUAUAAAAAUGAAUUUCAUAUUUAAUUUUGAUUUGCAUUGGAAAUCAGCAAAGAACCUUGAAAGUGUAUGCCAAAAUUAUAUAUUACCACCAGGGUCACCAGCAUGUGAAGGGCAUCCCUCUGCCCACUAAAGCAAACAGGCCUCUACAGGGGCUAGCAAUGAUAUAAUAUGAUAUAAAAAGAUGUUGGGCCUGAAUGAACAUAUUUGGUUGCAGUGAUAAUGAUAUCAUUUCAUACUGCCUUGGAGAAGACAAUGAGAAAUAAUUCCUGUAUUUAAUAAGAAAACCACAUGGAUAGACAAUAUAAAUUAAUGAUAUAAUGCUGGAUGAUGACUACUCAGGUUGGAUAGUAUUCAACAUGCUACUGAAGGACUGAGAGUUGCACAUCUUUAAUAGUGCUUAUGAUACAGCUAGUUCAAAACCUUGCAGAUGUUUAUUUACUGAUGUUGACAUGCUGGAAAAUAAAAUCUGAAGCUGCAAGGAAGCAUGAAUAUAGGAAAGCUUAACACAGGAAAAGAUUAAACAAAUCAAUUACAUGUUGACCUCUAAGAUCAUCAGCAAAUUGAAAUGAACUGGAAUUGGACAUUUCCAUCAAAAAAAUCAUGCUGUAUGCUACUCACAAUCCAAAAGGAAAAAAGAAACAGUGUUGUUUUCAUAGCAAGGAUUGUAUUUUGGUAGAUGCAACGAAAGACAAAAUAGAAUUAGACUUUCAUGGACAAUCCUUUAAUAUUAAAAUUAUCCAAAUUAAUCCUCCAAUCAUUGAUAAAAUUGAUGAGUAUUGUGAUAUUACAAUAACAUUUUAUCUGAAAGUGACAGAAUAUGAAACCAAGAUACACUACCAAGAUUGGAUAUUGGAAUGCCAACAUUGGAAAUAUUAAGGAGGAAACAUACAUAGGGUUAUUGUUAGAAUAUGGAAACAUAAAUAGGGUUAUUGUUAGGUUUAGGGUUAGACUCUGACUCCUAUUCUGAUAACAUGUCUAUGGGCUGUCAGACUCAUGAAUCUUCAAACCAUGAUGAUCUGAGGAGACUGAUCAAUCAUAGGCAUCUUGUGAUCAGCUGGAGCAACUGGAUGAUGAGGCACGACCCCAAGCAUCAAGUCUUGAUGCAUGAAAUGGCAAGCAGAACAACACUCUAUGAAACUCCUCACAAAGCAAAGAUCAAAAGAAUAACUGCAGCUAGCUUCCUGCAGUUACAAUUUUAUGUAACUCCUUUGCCUUCAGCCUUUGUUGAAAUGAACCAUUUGGUAUUCCAGCUUAUGGUUCUUGCUGCUUUUUAUUCUUAAACCUUUGACUAUUGGACCAGCUGACUAUCCAACUCAGCUCUUGAUUCCUGGAAUGAAUUUGGACCAGACUAUUGCUGUUUGAACUUCAAACAGAUUUAUUUAUUCAGGACUAUACUUUGACCAUGUACUUUCAACAAGCAUGGAGGGAUAAGAGGCUUUCGUAUAAUGUAAUACCUUUAAAUCUUACACUGGACAAUAGAGUAGCAGAUCAGCUUUGGGUUCCUGAUACCUACUUCCUGAAUGAUAAGAAGUCAUUUGUACACGGUGUCACUGUGAAGAACAGAAUGAUUCGUUUACAUCCAGAUGGGAGAGUUCUCUAUGGUCUCAGAAUUACAACAACAGCUGCAUGCAUGAUGGAUCUACGAAGAUAUCCCUUAGAUGAACAAAACUGCACAUUAGAGAUUGAAAGCUAUGGCUACACAACUGAUGAUAUUGAAUUUUACUGGCGCGGGGGUGAUAAUGCGGUUACAGGAGUGACAAAGAUUGAACUGCCACAGUUCUCUAUAGUGGAUUACAAACUUAUCACCAGGAAAGUUGUUUUCUCAACAGGUUCCUAUCCCAGGUUGUCCCUAAGUUUUAAACUUAAGAGAAACAUUGGCUAUUUCAUUCUGCAGACUUAUAUGCCUUCCAUUCUGAUCACUAUUCUGUCUUGGGUAUCAUUCUGGAUUAAUUAUGAUGCAUCAGCUGCAAGAGUGGCUUUAGGGAUCACAACGGUGCUGACUAUGACAACCAUUAAUACCCAUCUACGAGAAACACUACCCAAAAUUCCCUACGUGAAAGCCAUUGACAUGUAUCUGAUGGGCUGCUUUGUCUUUGUGUUCAUGGCUCUCCUGGAAUAUGCCUUGGUGAACUACAUCUUUUUUGGCAGGGGACCACAGCGCCAGAAGAAAGCAGCAGAAAAAGCUGCCAGUGCUAACAAUGAGAAAUUACGAAUGGAUGUCAAUAAGAUCUUUUAUAAAGAUAUAAAACAAAAUGGGACCGAAUUGCGAUCCCUGGAUCCCACUGGAACUCUCUCCCCAACUAGAUGGACUGCCACUUACGAUUACCCUCUUAAAACGGACAGAAGAAUAAUUGGCACAUAUCAUUGUCCAGAAAUGUAUUCAACAAAGAUGGACCCACAUGAGAACAUUUUGUUGAGCACGCUUGAAAUUAAAAAUGAGAUGGCUGCCUCUGAAGCUGUUAUAGGGCUCGGGGACCCUAGAAGCACGAUGCUGGCCUAUGAUACCUCAAGUAUCCAGUAUCGGAAGGCUGGCUUACCAAGACACAGCUUUGGCCGUAAUGCUCUGGAACGGCACGUGGCCCAAAAGAAAAGCCGGUUAAGGAGACGUGCUUCUCAGUUGAAAAUUACUAUCCCUGACUUGACUGAUGUAAAUGCCAUAGAUCGAUGGUCACGCAUAUUCUUCCCGGUUGUUUUUUCUUUCUUCAAUAUUGUCUAUUGGCUUUACUAUGUGAACUAAAAACAAAGAAAGCCACACAAAUAUCAAGAACUGGAUUUCUCUUCAAAAUUGAUUGUACAGCCAAAUGUGGGACUUAGGAAGAACAAAAUCUAUUCAGGACAAGUUAUUUUAAAACACCUUAUUUGCUGGCCCACUCUAUAACCUGUUCAGUAAUGUUUGGAUUUAUUUUGCACAACUGUGAAGCCUAUCAAGUUACAGUACAAAUGUACACAAUCUGGCUUUUAAAGAUAUAAUUGCAUUUGAUGUUUGGAGGCAGACCUGAAACGUGGUCUCUUCAUUUUUGGAUGAUACUGAAAGGGGAAGCUAAAAAGUUAGGUUUGAACUUCUUCUUCUAGACUCAUCUGGGUUAAAGAGCAUUAUUUGAAUGAAAAGAGUACGGUCAUAUUAUAUCAAAAUCAACAUCAUGUUCAUAUUUUACCUUUUUAUUUUAAUUUGAAGCUACAGUGAGUCAUAAUGCCUGCCAUCAUAUUAUGAAGACAUGUAUCAAGCUGUUGACUGAAUUAAGAAUUCUUUUUGGAAAAUAUGAAAGCAAAUUACACAUAAUUGGGAAGUAUUUAAGUCAGCAUAUCAAUUACCAUUGUGUGAACCAUAGAGCUAUUUUGGAGAUGGCCAAUAUGUCCAACUGUGCACCAUUAAAUGUAAUAUCUAGGAGCCUUCUAUGUAUUAGUGCCAAAUGAGAGUGGGCCGGCAAUUACUUCAUAGGUAGUUUUUUCUCAGUGCUUUGUACUUUCUUCUGGAACAGAGAAAGACGUGCCAAAUGUUGUCAAACACAAGGAUCAAAUAUCAUGCAAAUUACAAAUCUUGAUCAACAAAAUAUUUCCUAAAUUAUAAUUUGGGGUUGUAUUUCCCUUCUAUUUGAAAACAAUUGAGUAGAUCAUACAUUUUAUAGUUCACAUAUUUAUUUAGAUAUGCAAACAGACCCGUCAAAAAAGUAAGCUUAUUGAAAGGAACUGGAUCAUCGUCUUCACUCAAUACUUUCCAUUCAGUUUUAGAACUUUUUUUAAGAGAGGACAAUGAAUGGGGGAGAGCUACUCAUAUAUUUUCCAGCUGAAGGGACUGAAUGAUUUUCAUUAAUUUUUUUUCCUCACAUAAGUAUUUUACAAUUACGCUCUCUUGGUUCAUGUAUAUUGUCCAAUCAAUUCAGUAGAAUUUACAUGAAAUUCAUAUAAGGUAGCCGUGUCCUCCUGGAACAGAAGAUCAACCUGUUUCAGGAAAUAAAUGCAUUAUCAUAGUUGGGAAUGAGUAUCCUUUGGAACUAGAAAUGUUCCAUAUUCUUUUUAUCAUGUUUCUUUUUUGUAUGUAUGUAUAUAUUGCUUCCAGCUAAUAGUUUCCGUAGCACAAAGGAUUCUUUAUUUCUUUGUAAUAUACUUUAAAAUUAAGCUUCCUAGGCUCUUUGCAAGCAUACUUGGUUGAAUUAUGAACUUCACAGUUUGUGAAAAGACUGGUAUUGUGACUCAGGCACAACAGCACUGAGUCGCACACUUUUUUUUUUGUCAUGUUUUUUUUUUUCCAUCAGAUGGACAGUGUUUUAGAACACCCCCUUCUAAAACAUCUUUUGGAACAAAUAAGAUGUGUUUUGCUACAUUCAUGUGUUAUGUUAUUUUUUUUCUUUUGCUGAAAUUGCCCAUUAAUUUUAUAAAAACCAAAAUGUGAAAACUAUCAACCAAGGGAUUUUUAGACAUUAAAAAAAAGAGAAUCCCUUCUAUCCUUUUUUUUUUUCUUCUUCUCAGAUUGGUUCAACAAGCCAGCCUUAGAAAAACUACAGAAUCAGCUUCUAAAACUGCACUUUACCAUAGCUGAAGUUUAUAGUACAAGCCAUAAUAUUUUCUAAUCUUUCCAAGGAGAGGGUGAAUUUUACCCUGGGGGCUAAAAAAGAAAGUACAUAUUCAUCUCCAUGAGGUCAUUUAUGUUAUUAAGUAGAAGAUGCUUUCAGGAGUAAAUGAGAAAUCACAUUUCUGAAUAAAUUAAUUCAAAGACAUACGAGUAACUUAAAUUAAAAUGAGAUUUAAAGUGAGGUUGGCAAAUGGAGAUCUAAGAUAACACAAAAAAAGGUUUAUCUCCUCCAAUACCAGCAUGUGGUAGAGAUUAAAAAAACAUUAUACAGUUUACUUCACAAAGGACAUUGAACUAAGCUAUUACCGUUGUAUUUAUCUGAAAUAUACUCUAAUUUUGUUUUGUUUAGAGCCAUGUUUUGCCUAAUAAUUAUUCCUUUAAUUAUUACUUUUUUUCAGGUUUUGGAUGCAUACUAGCCAGCAAUUAAGGUGUUUUUUCUUCAUAUAUUAAGUUCACCACAAAAUUACAACGAUAUAAUAUGGCACAGUUUUAACCAUAUCUUUCAGAUUAAUGCUCUGUAAAUAUGUUCUGUAUAUGACUGCUACUAAGUUUAAUAUGCAUUUUCCAACUAAAACUCAUGUGCCAUAUUUAUGUUUGUCUAAGGAAAGCUAUGUUUUUAUAGACAUGGUAGUUUAAAUGACUAGGAAGAAAGAACCAAGUAAUUUCAUUCUGAAUACUUUCAGCAAAGUUUGAAUAAUAGUAUUGAAAGACACACCUGGGAAAUUUUACAUUCUAAUAUAUAAAAUCAGCCAGACAAAAGCACAAUGCAUAGAUAACAUGAGAGCAAAUACAUAUUGCUAGCCAGCUAAAUAUAUCUAGGAAAAUGAUCCUGCUAGGUAAAAUAUACAUUUUCUUUCUUUCUUUCUUUUAAAUUAAGCUUAUAUUUCAAUUUCCCACUUAGUGAAAUUAAUUUAAGUAAGCCAAACUCAGACCAUUAUCUACAUAUAUGAUACAAAUAAAGACAUAUUUCCACAUGUUUAUAUAUAUUCUUGAAUGUAUACACAUAUAUGUGUUUAUAUCUUAUGUGUGUGUAACUACACAUGCAUAGACAUACACACACAUACGUAUGAAUUUUUACAGUCUCCUAAUCUAAUGAAACCAGUUUGUGCAUAGAAAUGGAUAUGAGCACAUUGAUCUGUAAACUGGGUGGGCAGGUUGCUGAGUAAGGUGAGGGAGAAGAUUGUUCCAAUAUUUGCAGCUUCUGACACUGGUGUCUCUUUUAUAUUGAUGGGACAUUUCAAAUUCCAAUUUCCUGAAAGCGUUUGCAGCCACAAUAAAACUACAGGACCACAUUUACAUUUUCUGUUACAUCUGUUUGAUGCUAUGGAGGGAUGUUAAAGAAGCCCCCUGCCCAUUCUUAAUAGGAUGACCACACUUGAAAGAUGAGAGGUAAUUUGAGAUGCCACCAGCAGAUGUAAAGAAAGGAAAAGACACAAGGAUUGAGUUGUUAGAGAAAUGGUCUCUAUUUUAUCCUCCUGAGAGAAAGAUCAGGGCUGAGCUAGAGACAUCGCCAUCCUGUCCAGUCCAACUUCCUUUUUAAUUAGCAUUGCAGACCUUCAGCCUCUGCUGCUCAUAAUUGUUUGGGUUUGAGCUAGAAUCUUGCAUUGGUAUUUCAAAAGGAAUAAGCUAAUAACAGUUGUGUUUCUAUAGUCAACCAAUAUGUGAAUAUUUUUUGAGAACAUAAAUUAUUAAUGUAUUUAAAAUCUUACUAUACAGGGUAACUGGAGAUUUCUAUAUCAGCAGAUCAAUGCGUAUAAUUCUUAUGAAGCAUUUCACAGUGGAUAUUGCGAUAGUACUAUAUCUUCUACCAUCUCAGCAGAGACUAACUCUCACAUUGUUUGUCUAUUUCUUUUUUUUUUUCAAUGAAAACAUCUCUACUAACUUUUUAAAAAGUCCUAAUACCUAGAUAGAAAAAGCAAAACUAUGACAUAUUUCUCUGGGGAGAAAAAAGAUAAGAGGGUUCAGGUACAAUAGUUUAAAAAUAGUGAUCAUAACAUUUUGCUAUUUGUACAUAGGUCAUACAAUGUGAGCAAUCGUAAUUUAAAAAAAACAAAACUGUAAAUAUUAUCAGAUUUCUUAACAUUUUUAACUUCUAAUUUGUACUUUAAUGUAAGGCAAAAAGUUGAUUCUAUUUAUGGUUUAGGUUAGUGUCCUAAAAUGUAAAUAUUUAAAUAAGCUGUAAAUGAAAUGUCAAUAAAAAGAGUAAUUGUUCAAUGAUUUUUUAAAAAAAACUAAGUACAGUAAUUGCAGCUUUCUAGCAGAACAAUUUAAACACCCUUUUGCAUAAGACUUGGAUUUCAGAGGACAAUAUCAAAAUAUACAAAUACUUAAUAAGAUUGGCAUAUUAUUCAGUCAGUAUCAAUGUAACCAGUUCAAUUCUAAGCGGGGAGGAGAAAGAACCGAUAAAAAUCCUUAAUGAGUGCCAUUAUCCAUUGACUUUGGUGCACAUGGAGAUUCAGGGGCAUGUGGAUACUUCAGAAUAGAUCUGCAGGUGUGCUUUUUACACUAGCAUCUCUGAAGCACUGCAAGUUAGAGGGAGUCAACUCCAUAUUUUCGUUGGGAUGGUGUCUGAUAUUGAAAUGAAUAAGGCAACUGCUAAUUCUGCAGAGCUUCUUGGGAAAAUUGGAGCUACAUGUAGUUUUAGAAUUGCGGCCCUGGUUUUUCAUGAGCCUAUUUUGAUUUCCAUUAAUACUAAGUCUGCAAUUCUGAAAGGACUUCAGAAUUGCCAUUAACUAGGGAAUGUGACUUAAAGGAACUCCUGGAGAAAGUUGGAGUUAUCAAGUGACUUAAAGAGACCAUACUUCUAGUUAGAGAGUAGUCUGUCUAGUGUACCAUGAGUCCUUAAUAAAAUAUUACUACUUAACCUCAGUAACCUUUAAGAUAUGUGACCUUUAACUUCCAGAAUUCCUCAGCCACCCAUGCUGGCUGGGAAAUUCUGGAAGCUGAAAGCCCCCAUCUUAAAAGUUGUUCAGGUUGAGAAACAAAGAAAUUUUCUAUAGUUUGGGCCACAGUGACAGCCUUUUAUCCAGACACAGUAAUAAUACUGAUGAUUUUCUCUUCCAGGAAGUGAAAAAGAUAUAAUACAGAUUUAAGGAGUUAAAGGAACUAUGAUUUUUUUCAUGAGUGUAAUAUUAUUCUCAGAAAGACAUCAUGCACAUUCCUUGUCUUUUAGAGACUGGUACAAAGAAAUUUGUCUGUCAUUGUUUAGCAUUCUGUUCCUUUCCAGCCUAACUCAAUCCACCCAAUGCGAAAGAAAUAUAUUUAAAGGGAACUCUAUCAAGAUAUUGCUUAACACCAAAGGUAAAGUUUAACAAAAAUGCACUAGGAAAUGUUCAAGAGACCAUGUUAUAGCCUUUACCAAUGGCAUUUAUAAUCCAAGUUAAUUAAUUCAUGAUAAAGUGGAGUAGAUUAACUUUGCAGGUUAUAUGCAACACAUUUUUGUGUGUCAAAUUAUUUAAGUAUUUUGAUAAUGAAUCUAUAUUAAGGUUAUUAUUUUAAGUCUUAACUCCAAAUAGCUACAGUUAAAUUCAAUUUCUUCUAAAUUCAAAUUUAGCAGCAUUAUAUAUGUUUGCAUUGUUAGUGCCACUGAAAGAUUCACCAGGGAAUACAUUUAAGAUCCACCAUAUAGUUUUAGUUCAUGCAAGCAUUUAAAACAUCUAAGAACUCUAUCAUAGUUUACCAUGUUUUGAGAUUUCACAAUUUUAAUUUGCAUGGGUGUUUAAAUGAUUCUGUUAGUACUGUCUUUGCAUCCUUCUCUUCCUCUUUUUUUAACCUAGUACUAUUUACUCCAUAAUGUAGUAACCAUGAGACUUACUAAUGACCUUGUAGCCUUUCUAAUAUGCACAUAAUGCACAUUUUCCAAUGGCUAGAAAAUGCAAAAUAUUAGUGGAUAACAUUGCAUCAUGUUUUUUCUCAGAAGGACUGCUAACCUCUGGAAUAAUAGAGGUAGUCAAAUGAUUAUUGUAAAUUGAAUAGCACAUAAGAGAUAUUUUCUUGAAACUAAACUUAUUACAGCCAGUUUCAGCAUGUAAAUAUAUAAUAAUGUUGGCUAGUGUGUAAUUCUUAAACUAAAAAAAUAUAAAUAAAGGAAAUAUAAAAGAA